AUGGACAAUGAAAUGUUUCCAAAGAAGAAACCCAGAGCACCAGUACCACAGUUGACUGCACCUAAGAUCCCAGAGGGCGAAAAAGUAGACUUUGAUGAUAUUCAGAAGAAGAGGCAGAACAAAGACUUGGUUGAGCUUCAAGCCUUAAUUGAUAAUCACUUUGAAAACCGGAAAAAAGAAGAAGAAGAUAUAAUGGCUCUUAAAGAGAGAAUUGAAAAACGUAGAGCUGAGAGGGCUGAGCAGCAAAGAAUCCGAGCUGAGAAAGAAAAGGAGCGUCAGGCCAGACUUGCUGAGGAAAAGGCAAAGAGAGAGGAAGACGAUGCCAAGAGGAGGGCUGAAGAUGAUUUGAAGAAGAAGAAAGCCCUCUCCUCUAUGGGUGCCACAUACAGCAGCUAUUUGGCGAAGGCUGAUCAAAAGAGAGGAAAGAAACAAACUGCAAGGGAACUGAAGAAGAAAAUUUUGGCAGAGAGACGCAAACCUCUGAAUAUUGAUCACCUUAGUGAAGACAAACUGAGGGAGAAAGCCAAAGAAUUGUGGGACUCGCUGUAUGCGCUGGAGACGGAAAAAUAUGAAUAUUUAGAGAAGAUCAAGAGGCAAAGAUAUGAUAUUGUAUCACUACGUUGCAGGGUGGAGGCACUGUCCAAGUUGGAACAAGUAGAGGAGGAAUAUGAAGAAGAAGGUAACAGAAACUUACCCUGGAAUGAACCUUUUCUUUCUCUGAUGAUCCACUGA